AUGUCCCAAGAUGUUGUGAAGAACAACAUCCUGCACUUAGCUGGAAAAUUGGCACCCAGAAAUAAACUUAAUGCUCUUUCUAGUGCAGCUCUGCAGGUGCAAUCCGAGUUAAAAUGGUUUAAGGAAGUGGAGAACAUUGUACCGCCUGACUACAACGGGAAAACCAAUCCUAAAGGCCAAACUCCAGCAAUUGUAUCCACCGAGGAACAUAAGGAACUCGUUAAAGAAGGUAAGAAAUGGAUGAAAGAUGCAACAACAUCAGGUUCGGUAGCAGCAGCCUUUUUUGCUACAAUUGCAUUUGCAGCAAAAGACAUACUGGAAAUUGCUUUGGUUUUUGCUUCAGCUUUACUGGCUCUCUCAUUGUUUGCAUAUUCGCAAUGUGCCAGAUUACUUGACGUGCUCAUUUCCGUAUUAGCUCCAACGUUUCUCAGCAAGCGAAGAAUCAGUGUCCUCUACUAG